AUGACCGCCUUUACGGCAGCUAUUAAGGAACUUAGUGACACUUUCACCUCAAUGAAAAAUCAAAUGUCAGAAUUCACGAAGUCCGUAAACCAUUUCUCUGCGGACCUCUCAAAUUUUAGGGAAGAACUAUCAUCUUUAAAAGAACAGCAAAAGGAAACCGCAAGAAUUAAAACAGAAGUAGUGAACCUACGAGCUGAAGUGGCCGAGCUGCGAGAUAUCAUUGCAGCCAAGGACCAGCGUCAACUCCUAAAGGAUGUAGAAAUCUCCGGUCUACCGGAAUCCAAAUCAGAAGACCUUCGGCAAAUAGUCCAUGUCAUCUCGAACAAGCUAGGCAUGCACUUGGACCCCCUAGAGGUGGACGAUGUCAAGAGAGUGGGGGCCCGGCGCGAUGGGGACCAGCAGCGGGCGCGCCCCGUGGUCCUUACCUUUAUACGCCGUGCACCCCGAGAUCAGCUACUAAAAGCAUCAAGAGUUCGACGAGGUCUGACUUCUGCUGAACUCGAGAUCCCAGGGCCGGCUACUCGAGUCUACCUGAACGAACACCUCAGCAAACCAAACCGCAUUCUCUUCAGCAAAGCCAGGAAACUCGGCGCCGAGCUCCGAUUUAAAUAUACUUGGACAUCAAAUGGCAAUAUAUUCAUGCGUCGCACGGACACCAGCUCAGUGACACAUGUGACAUCAGAGGCACUACUCGAAAAACUGAGCCAGCAGCGUCGCCCCGCGGAGGACCCCCGCGCUGCCACAAACCCAGCCAGCGAACUUACUUGCUCCUAA